CCACGUUGCCAUAGCGAACCCAAGCAGAACCCGGAAACUCGCCAGCUUUGCAACUAGCACUCGAUCUGAUGUGGACAGGAUCAGGGCAUUAAUUUUCCCCUUUAUUCGGCACAAUAUCAUUCAUCAUUAAAUUAAAACAAUGAGUCAACAACAGUAUCACUGGGAGGCUUUGAGGAAGCAACGAGUCAUCGACAGGCAAUUAGCAGUUAAGAAUAAAUUGGCUGAUGAAGAGAGGAGAAUGGCUGAAAUGUGCUCUGAGGACAUGGCCAGGGAACACUUAGGGAGUAGACAGAUGGAUCAUGAGAGAAGACGUCAACUCGCCGAUCAGAUCCAGAAACGAGAUCGACAAGGAAUCCGCAACACCUACAGAGAAAGAGAACAAACAAUCCAGAGGCUGGUUAGCGAGAGAACAUGGCACGAUGACCUCAUCGCAAAGAUGGACCAGAAGGAAAAAGACGACAUGCUUCAGGAUCUUCUCCGGGACCACGCCCAAAAGUCUAAGAUUCUCAGGGAUCAAGGCUUGUAUCGAGGAGAUGCCAAGUUCUUCAUCGAUCCCCAGUAUAACUGAUUAUUCAGCCAUUGUUCUUUUCCUCAUCUCUCGGCUCGAUGCCGUCUCUGAUCCUGGAUGCAGGGAUCCAUCCAUGGGGAGUAAUUCAUGAAAAAAAAUAUCAGUAACUUUCACUCACUGAUUUUCUCUCGGCCAAUCAUAACUGAAAGAAUUUUCAGUGAUUUUAACAAUAGUCAGUGAAGACCACUGACUGAAUUAUUUCAUGAAAUGCUCCCACAAGGUCCUGUAGAAUUUUAGUAUUCAGUGAGAGGAUUGCAGGUCCUGCAACACUUAACUAUUCAAUUUGUAGCCUAACGACUGAUUGUAUGGUCAACUUUCAUGAUUGAUUGUAUUUUGUGGUCAGUGCAAUCAAUCGUAAAACCUUGAUAUACAAUCAAUUGCUGAGCUUUGUGAAAUGGGGCCCUGGUCUUUGAUCACUGGUCAUUAAGAGUUCCCUGGUUUCUCUCGAGAUUUAACCUUGUUCCAGUGAAACUGGCAAAAUCCAAUGGAAGUUAUUGUUGGUCUGUAUAAUUUCUGUCGGGAUGCAUAAAAAUCUCUAUAGAAACCAGUGUUAUGCAUUUGAUUAAUCAGGCUCUUUCUGACGAGAAUAGAUCGGUAGAAAACAUUCAAUGUCUGUUUUAUGAUUAUAUACUGGUAUGUGUGGCUUCUAUAUUCAAGUUGCAGUAUUUGGAAAGCACUAAUGGAGCACUGUUUUGUAUGGUAUUCUGAAAACAAAUGUGUUGACUGUUCGCCAGUGGUGUUUGAUACACAAGCAGGGAUCCUCAUUUCAAGGAUGUAUUAGAGAAGGCCUGCUAUGUCGUCUGAAGGGGAAUAUAUACUCACGAAGGAUGAAGACUCUCUAAAUUAUACGAUGCAAAACCACCUUGAUCGGACCAGAACAGAUCACAAGUCAAAUGGUAGGAUUAUCUACAGUGCGUAUUAAAAAAAAGUUUACACUUUGAAAAAGCCCUGGGAAUAAAAAAAUAUACAACAAGUGGGUAAUUUUUUCACAUAUAAUCUUUGGUUCUGGUCUCAUCUAUCCAAUGCAAAUAAAAGUUUUGUCAGAAUGUUACAAUUGAGUGAGCACUGUCCAUUUCUGUAAAGCUUGCAGAAAUCUGUUUGCGCAGAAAUGCUCGUUUUCACGCUGCAGGGCGGGGAAAGGGCAAAAUCAAACUUAACCUGCGAAAUAUUUAUCAUACAUUUCCCUUGCACUUUUAGUUAAUUGAACUAAAACGGAUACAUUCAAGCAUUUUGUAACAAUUUUGCCACCCAAAUUGAAAUUUCUAAACUUAUUAAGCACCACUUUUACUUAUUUGUGCCAGCUGGAUCUGAAGACAUAAC